GUUUCCGACCCAGUGGAGCCGAGGUCGAGAUGUCCCGUGAUGAGACAGUAUGUAAAUAUUGUGGAGUCAGCUAUCUGAUCCUUCAUGAAUUUAAGCUUAUGGAGGAGAAGAUGAGAGCAAUGGAAGCAGACAUGAAAUUUUAUCAAGGAAGUGUUGAACGGGAGAAGUCACUCCAAGAAAAGCUACAGUCUCUUAACCAAGAUUUGCAACAGUACAAGGCUGGUGGUGAAGCCCAGAUAGAAAGAAUUAGAGAUUUAAGCACACAAUUAGAAAACCAACAAAAAAAAUUUCAGAGUGUGAACGAAGAAAUGAGACAUUUUCAAGAUGAGCUAAAAGUCGCACAUAGACAAAAUUGCCUCUUCAGUAAGAAGCUGGAGCAGCACCACACGAUACACAAGAAGACACUUAUGUUACUCAGGUUUUCUAAGAGAGAACUCGCGAGCAUUAAAAAUGAAGUUGCUUACACGCUGCAGAACUGGGUUUCCCUGAGUGAGGAAAUGGCGCUACAGAUUCAACACAUCAGUGAAGGAGCGGUUUUGACAGAAAUGGCCAAGCUGAAUAAAACUUUAUCGGCAGUCCAGCGAGAUAAGGUACGCCUGGAGGAAGAAGUGAAGAAUCUGAAGAUGGUGUCAGAUACGGCUUUGUUGAAAUCACAACAGAUUCAGGUGAUAGGCCAGCAAGGAGUAGGCUUGCUAAACAGAUGCCACGACCUUCAAAAGGAAAUACUAGAUUUACAAAAUCAAAUAGAGGCCCUGGGAUUGAAGUUUCAGAAAGCAGCAGAUGAAGCUGACCAGUACAAAGAAAUGCUCAUGGUUAAAUCAGAUGAAGCUGAUGAGUAUCAGAGAAAAUUUAGGAAACUGAAGUUUGAAAGCAAAAUUUUCGAAACACGACAUGCUAGAGAGCUAAAAGAGAAGGAAGACUCUUUGCUGGCUUGUCAACAAAUGUGCAAACAUUUACAGGAAGAAGUGGCUGCAAAAGAAAGGCUAGAAGAAAACUUGAAGAGAAAAAUCAGCCUCUCAGAAAAUGAAUUGGAAAUGACAAAAAUCCUUCUGAAUCAGGCAAAGGAAGAGGUUGUGACACUGAAAAAUGAAAGAGAGUUAAUGCUCAUUUCACAUCAGAAUAGACUUGAGCAGCUGCAGGAGAACUUGAGACAGAAGAUGCUGAGCGAUGAUAACUGGAGAGAGAAGCUCGAAUCUGAACUCAAUAAAGAGCGAAUCCGACACCAUGCUGAGUAUCAGGAGCAAGCUUUUCAGCUGAAGGAAGAAGCUAAACUGGAACAUGCUAUUGAAAAGGAAAAACACCAAGAAGUAAUAAAACAAUAUCAGAAAGAGCAAGAGAAGCUUCAGAAGAAGAUGACUGACUUAAUAGCAAAUGCUACCAGUGAUCUGAGGAUGGAAGUCUCCACUCUGGAGAGGAAGCUCCAGGAAACCCAGGUGAAACUUACUGAAAAAAUGGCAUCCAAAGAAGAGGAGAUCCAGAGCCUUAAUGUCUUGGUCACAGAGUUUGAAUCCCACCUCAGGAAGGAGAUGGACACCUGCGACUCCAUUUCUAAGGAUUUGAGGAAGGAGAUGAAGCAGAAAUCAGACGAAUUAGAAAAAGUCACCCAGGAGCAGACCCAGCUCAUGCAGCAGCUUAAUCAGGCCCAAGAAGAGAACACCUUUCUUCAGGAAACAGUGCGGAGAGAGUGCGAAGAACGCUUCCAACUGACUGAAGCUCUGAGCCAAGCCCGCGAGCAGCUGCUGGAACUCCAGAAGCUCAAUGGGAGCUUCCCACUAUCCCGCUGUUCUCUCAGUCAGGGCAACCUAACCUCCCCAGCUGCUUCGAUGGUCAGCAGUGGAGACAAAAGCCUCGCAAGCACAGCCCCAGGAAAAGGAAUCAAAAUCCCCAUCCUGCACUGCGCCUCCAAGUCACCUAAUUCACAGAGCCAGAACAAGUCCCCAGGUGGGAGCAGUGCCAGCUUCCCUGUCCCCAAACCUCCCAAGGGAAAGGCGUCUUCAAUCAACGAAACAAGGCAGAGAAUAGCUGCAAUCCUGCAAAAGAGACUGAGUCAGCAAUAA